UUGAGAUUGUUCGGUUCCUCUUUGCGCCAAUCGAGUACAGUAUAAGAAACACUCGGUGUCUGCUCGUAAACCUUAUCGCCACCAAACUCCAAGGACCAAGCGGCACCCGGACGGCCGGAAACUGAGCUGCAGAGAUGGCGUCGUUGGAUUCUCCGCCGCCGGGGAAGCCCCCUCUGCCGUGGCGGGUGCGCCUGCUCGUGGGCGCAGCCUCAUUCCUACACUCCGCGUCCCUCCGCGCCGACGGCACCGUCAACCGCUCCCUCCUCUCCCUGUUCGAACGCACCGUCCCUCCUAGCUCCGCGCCCGAUGCCGCCGGCGUUUCGUCCACCGACCACGCCGUCUCCAGCCACCUCCGCGUCCGCCUGUUCGUUCCAGCGCCCGCCGCUAGCGGCAGCCAGAGCCAGCUGCCAGUGGUUGUAUAUUUCCACGGCGGCGGCUUCGUGUUCCACUCCGUGGCGACGGCCCAGUUCGACGCUCUGUGCCGCCGCCUCGCCGCGUCUAUCCCGGCCGUCGUCGCCUCCGUGGACUACCGCCUCGCGCCCGAGCACCGCGCCCCUUCCGCUUACGACGACGCGGAGGCGGCGCUCCGCUGGGCACUCGCCGGCGCCGGGGGCGCCUUGCCGUCUCCCCCCACCGCCGUCUUUGUCGCCGGGGAUAGCGCGGGCGGCAACGUCGCCCACCACGUCGCCGCGCGCCUGCAGGGCAGCGUGGCCGGGCUGGUCCUGCUGCAGCCGUUCUUCGGCGGCGAGGCGGCGACCGCGUCCGAGCAGCGGCUCCGCCACGCGCCGUUCGGGGCGCCGGAGCGGCUGGCGUGGCUGUGGCGCGCGUUCCUGCCGCCGGGCGCCACGCGGGACCACGAGUCGGCCAACGUGCCGGCCGCGAUCCAGCGCGACGGUGCCGCCGCGGGGAGGUGGCGCGCGUUCCCGCCGACGCUGGUGUGCGUGGGCGGGUGGGACGUGCACCAGGACAGGCAAAGGGCGUACGCGCACGCGCUGCGAGCCGCCGGCGCCGAGGAGGUCCGUGUCGCGGAGUUCCCCGACGCCAUCCACGCGUUCUACGUGUUCGACGGCUUCCCGGACAGCCAGAGGCUGCUGGCCGACGUGGCCGAGUUCGUGAACCGGCGGGCUGCCGAACACCUCGACGCGCCAGUGAACGACCAGUGUCCACUGUCCACUGGUUCGUAGUUGGUUUGCAGUUCAGUCAGUGUGACUGAUUUUUUUUAGAAUUUUUGGUAAAGUGUUGAUUCUUCGAGCUGUGAGGUGUGUGACGACGGAACUUGAGGCACAUGCGAUGCACUGAUGAUGAACAUGUCCGGUUCCUUGUGACU